CAGCUGAGUCAGCGACCGAGAGCUGAGGAGCGGCAGGGCGCGGCAGGCGGGAGGUGCCGCGAGCCCCCUGCGGAGUUUCAAUGUCCGCCACGCGAGGAUUCUUACUAAUACACGCCCGCCAUCUGAAAGCCUACAGCGCAGAUUGCCCAUGUUGGGACACGCCCCAUAUCAGCCUCAGCAGCCCGCCCCGCCGCCAGCUGCUGCCGCCCCGCCGCCCGCCCCGCCCACGCUCAGCCCGACAGACCCCAAUGGCCUCCAGCAGCACCCGCCCCCGGGCCACCCCCAGCCACCCGGCACCUUCCAGACCCUCCGCCUCCGCGACGACCCUCCCGCCGUAACACAACCCUCGCGCGGCAGAAAGCGCAAGUCCCCGCCAAACGCGAACGCCGACCCGCCGCCCCCGCCGCCAGCCAUGCCCCCGCCCGUGCCCAUCCAUCCCCACCCUGGCCCGCCCCCGCCAGGCAUGCCCCCCCACCUCCCUCCCCCGCACGCCCUCAUGCCCCCACACCCCCACCAUCUCGGCGCGCCCCCGCCCCUCCCGCACGGCUACCACUACCCCCCGCCGCCCGGGGACUACUCGCCAGGCGGGAUGCCGCCCCCGGGCGCGCCAGGCGGCCCACCCCUCGACGCGCAGCAGCAGCAACCCGAGCAAGAUCCUCAGCAGCCGGGCUCGUCGGGGCGCCCGCUUAGCCAGAGCAAGCGUGCCGAGCAGAACCGGAAGGCCCAGCGCGCGUUCAGGGAGCGGCGAGACCAGCACGUGAAGGCGCUCGAGUCGCGCUCGCAGCUGCUCGACGCCGCGCUCGCGUCCGCGGACGAGGCGAACCGCCGCUGGGAGGAGUGUCGCGCGCUCGUGGACAGCCUGCGCAUCGAGAUCAACACCCUACGCGGCCACAUAAGUGCGCUGCAGGAGGAGAACGGCAAGCUACGCGACGCGCUUGGGCCGAAUGCACCUGAGGCUGCGGGCGUCGCGCCAUCGGUGACCAUGUCUGCACCUGCCCCUGAUCAGUCGGGCGGCGAGAACAGGAUCAAUGGCGAGCGGGACGGUAGUACGGCAACACGAGAAGGCGAGAAAGACAGAUGAACAACACUUCGACGCAUUUCCUUUCGACUGGGUAGUGGGUCGUAUUUUAGAUAACUUCUCUUGUACCAGCUGUUAUAAUCAUCGUUUCGACGUCCUACGGUUGGCAAUAUGCUCAUUCUUGUAGCAACGAAGGACUGAUAUGUAGCACU